AUUCAGUCAUUCAUUCUUCUCGAUUGCACCGGCGCAGACGAGCCACGAACCGUGCGGAUCGUUGACUAUUCAGCUCAUAAUAUUUUUCGAAACCAUUCUAACGCGACGCCCUUUGAAGGGACCCCAGAAACGUGAAUUGUGCGUUGAAGCUGCGAUCGUCAGAUAUAUACGUAUAUUUUUUUUCGUGUUGCCCCAUAAGUGCGAAGCGAAGUGUAGCGGAAAUUGUGCAACUAAUUGAUUGAUCGCCUGACGAUUGCAUUGAUGGAUCGAUAUACGCAAGUGUGACCAUAGCCACCAGCCAUGUCUGCAGAUCGGUGGAGCACCAACAGCAGCACUCACAUCCCAAUCGGAUCCGAUCCCCGAGGAAAAUAGUAUGAAAAUAUGAGGCACGCUGCAGAUUGAAAGCACAUCGCAGAAGAAAAAAACAAACAAACAAACAAACAAACGAGCGAAAAAAGCGACAAAAAAAAUGAUGCCGCCAAGACUGCCCCAUAGCUCUGGAGUAGCGGCAGCAGCAGCAACGAAACGAGUAACCACGAGUAGAAGUAUUAGCAGCCACAACAACCACUUUAUCCAUAGCCGAAGCACCACCAAUACAACAUUUCACAAGCGCCGACGUAGGCGACACGACAUCAGCAACGCCACAGAUGCAACAUCAGAUGCCACUGUAGCACCUGCCCCUGCCAGGUGCAGCAUCACGAGGAGAGCGCCUGCCAUCAUCUGUUUAGCGCUACUUCUUCUCUCCACCACCUGCUCCCUGAGGACUGUUGCGGCUUCAUCUGCAUCUUCUACAUCAUCAUCAUCUGCAGCUACUACAUCUGCGUCCGCUUCAGGAUCUGGAUCAGCAUCAGAAAUCGCCUCCAGCUCCCCCUGCGCCCCACAGCACUGGUGGGACCCGUUGCGGGACAAGUGCACCGCCUGCACCGUCUGCCUGGGCGAGAUGAUCCCGCUCCGGCCCUGCCAACUGCACACGAACACCAUCUGCGGCUCCAUCUACGACUUGAAAAUCGAUUGGGUCGUCCUCGCCAAGACGGAGCCCAAUUGGAAGGAGCGCCGAAAGUCUUCAGAGUAUGAGCACUUCGAACAGGAUGCCCCGCUGCAGCAUUUGACCCACGAGCAACUGCAGCAGCUGCACGAGGAGGCGGCCGCUGCCUGGGUUCUCGACUGGCAGACGGGCGUCCUCUAUGUGGCCGUCCUCACCUGCCUCAUCUUCUUCUCGGUGGCCGCCUGCAUCCUCAUCCACCACAUGCGCCAGUGGCGACGCAUGGAGCGGCGCUUGGAUCAAGACGUGGAGGAGCUGUCGACGAAGUUGAUGGCCAAGCUGGCGGAGGUGCAGAGCCUGGACGGAGGAACCUUUUUCAUUGGCAACGCUGACGCCUUGCGUGGAUUGCCCGCUGCCGCCGCCUCGCAUGCGGCCUCGGCGGCGCAGUCGGGGAUCUUCCAGCCGCAACAUGUGCUUCUGCCUGAGAAACAUCAGGGUAAGCAUCAGGAGCGACGGAUUCUGAAGACCCUGCAGCCCGGUAAUGUCUACAUCGAGGAGAACAAUGGGGGCAUGAUGGGAAUAGGUGCCAGCUCCAAGGGUUGAUCCGAGAGCACGUACUAUCUGGGGAGUACCAGAGUACCAGAGAACCAGACACCUAACCGGAAACAGGAAACAGGAAUCCGAAAACCGGAAAGAGACCACAGGACACACAAGCAUCGGAGCAAGAGAGAAUAAAUGAGUGUACAGACAGCCGCUUAAUAAAAUGGGAAUCGAACUAUUAUUAUUUUUUCUAUUAUAAUUAUUAAUAUUAAUCUUAUUGUAAUGAUACACCCUUUUUUUUGUCCUAAUAUUUAAUUCAAAUGUUAUGUUGACUUGUUUGUAAUGCGAAGAGGAGCAGGAGCAAGAGCAGGGGGACCCUAUCUGGGCGAAACUUGGCGAAAUGUUUUGUAUAUAGAGGAGUGGAAUGUGGCAUGUGGCAUCAAAUAUAGGUACAUAUAUGAUUAACAAAUUCUACUUAAUGUACAUAUAAAGGCAAUCGAACUCGACGUGCAACGGAGGGGAGCGAUAAUAACGAAUGGGGAAAGGAACGGAACCAAGCAAAUAUCGGGAGCAUAUCCAGUAAAUAUAUAUAAAUAGAUACUAUAUAUGUAAAGUCGUGCAGAUCAGAUCCCAGAUUAACCCAUAUACGAUUAUAGUACAUACGCAUAUCAAAAUAUAACCAACCCCAAGUCUAAUAUCUAACGAGAGCUGCGCUAAAGAAUAUCUAAUAUUUAAUUCGAACAAGCAGAUCGGAGAAGCGGAGAAUCGGUUAUCGAGCUAAAUGUAACGCCUAAUGAUAAUGAUAACGAUAACGAUCAUAGAUAAUAAUGAUAACUAAUGGUAAUCGAAGAAUCGAGAAGUGUAUUAUGAUCUAUUGUAAGUGCUAUCAAUGUACAACAACAACAACAAUAAAAAGUUCUAUGAAUCAA